GAGAGAGAGAGAGAGAGAGAGAGAGAGAGAGAGAGAGAGAGAGAGAGAGAGAGAGAGAGAGAGGCUGCUGUCUCUUGUUCUUCUCCCCGCUGGUGUGAGGUUAUGGCAGGCAUGGCGUCGGAGCCAGGAACCCAGUCCAGAGUGAUGUUUCAGACCAAAGAGGAGGAGCCUGCCCAACGCAAACUGGGCAAACUGACGGUCAAAUACAACCGCAAAGACCUCCAGAGGAGGCUGGACGUGGAGGAGUGGAUCGACGGUCAGCUGCACCUGCUGUACGACUGCGAGGAGGAGGAGAUUCCUGACCUGGAGAUUGACAUCGAUGAACUUCUAGAGCUGACAGAUGAAGAGCAGAAAACUCGACUGCAUGAGCUUUUGCAAGAAUGUGGAAAGCCAAAGGAGGACUUUAUCAACGGGUUGCUCUACCGGAUGAAGGGACUGCGGAAGAUGUCAGGAUCUCUGAAGAAAUAGCAUAAGGUCAAAGGCUGGAUCUUUCAAGAUAAUGUGAAGCACCCAGCUCCGCCCCUGGCCCCGCCCCAUUGACAAGCCCCACCCACAACUCCGCCUGUAUGUAGAGCGUUGAGUGUCUGUCUGUGGAUGAGUCAAUGACGGAAAAUUCUAGAAACCACUAAUAAUUCUGUACAGUAUCUCCAGCAUUGCAGAUCAACUGUAUUGCCUGUUAUUACUCAAACGAGAUGUUUUUUUUGUCUAGAUUUUUUUGUGACAUACAUUUAUAUCCCUAUUUAUAUUUAUAUAUAUAUAUAUAUAUAUAUAUAUAUAUAUAUAUAUUGUUCUGACAAGUGUUGUAUGUAAUAACAAACUAUUUCAUUUCAAGAUUUUAGAUGAAGAGUAUAGAUACAGUUCGUGAUAAUAAAAUUCAGAAUCCAGGA